UUCUGUCACGUAUUUGUAAAUUCCGCGAAUAAAUUUGUGUGUGGAUUGGGAUUGGGAUUGGGAUUGGUGGUGUUUAUUGUCGGCGCCAGGUCCCUUUCUGUCGCCAUUAUCUCUGUCUCAAUCCAACCCUGAUGAUGUUCAUGAUUUUGACUAUGCUUAUCAUGAUUCCCUUUUUCAAUUUCUAAUUUAUUCUCUACUUCCUCCUCCUUUACUACUGAGUGACUUUCACGCAUGCUUGAAUGCUCUUUCCAGCUCCUCCUUUUCACUUCCAAUCCAAGAUUGAUUUCUUGAAGCCGCCCCUCCCCUCAAUCACACUCACUUCAUAGAUCCAUCUCUUUUCAAUUGCCUUCCUCCUUUCAUAUAUUUCCAAGGAGUGGGACUUCAAUGUUGGAAUGCGGCUGAAUUGAUUUCUCCCGAUCUGACUCUGCUUCUCCCAAGGACGCUCUGCUGUACUGGUCGGUAGUAAUUUAAAUGCCUCAUCAAAAUCUUUUUCCUGAUACUCUACCAGUGCAGGCAGGUUCCAUGUAUGAUACUCUAUCCUUUUCAGAACUACCAACACUGUAGCUGGAGUGGAUCCCAGACCAAAUGUCAGGGACUCUUGCAGCAAUUUUAGGAGGUGCUGCAGGAGCCGUGGCAUUGGCAGGGAUACUGCUAAUAAUUAUUUGGUAUUGCAUUUUCCGCAUUAGGAACGUUACAAGAUCGGAGACAGGGUCAUCUGAUCCGUCUGUUCAAGUUGGGGGUGCUGUUGGGAUCGAAUUUACUUUGCGGGAUGCCAGGAGAUUUGAGAUGGAAGAAAUGUCAUUAGCAACAAAAAAUUUUAGUGACAAAAGUUUGAUAGGGCAAGGAAAAUUUGGGGAGGUGUACAAAGGAUUGCUUCAUGAUGGGAUGCUUGUAGCAAUAAAGAAGCGACCUGGACCUCCUAGUCAGGAGUUCAUUGACGAGGUGCGAUAUCUUUCAUCUAUUCAACACCGAAAUCUGGUGUCUCUGUUAGGUUAUUGCCAGGAAAGUGAUCUACAGAUUCUUGUGUACGAGUACAUACCUAAUGGAAGUGUUUCUAUUCACUUGUAUGGCGCUGGUCAGGUUUCACAGGAAAAGCUUGAAUUCAAGCACAGGCUUUCAAUAGCUCUUGGGGCAGCUAAAGGUUUGGCCCACCUCCACUCGCUCAGUCCUAGGUUGAUACAUAAGGAUUUCAAAACAGCAAAUGUUCUUGUAGAUGAGAAUUUCAUAGCCAAAGUAGCAGAUGCUGGGUUACGCAAUUUUCUUGGGAGGUUUGAUUAUGCUGGCCCAUCUUCCCAAGAUGCAGCCGAUGAGAUUUUCCUUGCUCCAGAGGUCAGUGAAUUCAGAAGAUUUUCUGACAAAAGUGAUGCGUACAGUUUUGGGGUGUUUCUUUUGGAGUUAGUAAGUGGGCAGGAAGCAAGAGGCCUGCUGUCUUCAGAUGUCAAUCAUAAUCUGGUUGAAUGGGUGCACAAUCUUCAGGAUUCUGGCAGCAUAUCUUCCAUAAUUGAUCAGAGAUUGGGUAAUAGCUUUACAACAGAAGGCAUGGAAGAAUUCUUACAGUUGAUAGUGCACUGUGUGAACCCUUCGAGUGAGAGGCGGCCUGCCAUGAGCUAUGUGGUAACAGAACUGGAUAGAAUCCUUGAGAAAGAAAUGAGCUUGACAACAAUCAUGGGGGAAGGGACCCCAGUUGUGACACUGGGAAGCCAGCUUUUUAGGGCUUCAAGAUAAGGAGUAACAAUGUAACUGUCUUUGAGUCACAACUUUCACCUGUGCGUUAUGGAAAAUAUACCUCAGCCCAAACACCAAAGUAAAGAGUCCGGCUGUCUGUUAAUUGUAUAAAGAACAGUUGGAUUAUUUUUUUAUU